GUCUGACGUGCUAGCGUUAGCUUAAUGUCGUUAGCAGUUAGCAGGCUAACUGUAGGACAAUGACAGCGGUCAAACGUGCAUGGCAAACUUGUUUCAUUCGUAGCGGCUCUACGCGGCUGCCGAUACCGAAACUGUGUACCCGGUUAGAAAUGUCCAAACGCCAGCGAAGAAUGUCUAAAAACGGUCAAAAUAUCUCACAAUCGCGUCUCGUCCCCGGUCUCCGGCUCCUGUCCAGAGCUUCAGGUGACACCGCCAACAAACUCGCUCAGGAGCUGAAUGAUGAUUUGUACCAGAAGUUAGCAGCAGAGCUGAACCUGUCAGAAACAGCUUUCAUCACCAGAAUCAACCCCUCUGAUAGUUUCUCUACAGGAUCAAGGUUCCGCCUACGAUGGUUUUCACCAACCACUGAAGUCAAUCUGUGCGGUCACGCGACUCUGGCCUCUGCGGCGGUGCUGUUCCAGCAUAAGAGAAACACCAAUCCAGUUCUGGUGUUUGAGACAAGGAGCGGAGACCUGUCUGUCACCCAGCAGGGUGAAGGUUAUGUCAUGGACUUUCCUCUCAACCCACCCAUCAAGCAGGAUCCCAAGGAGUUCAGUGACGUCAUAAAGGCAGCGGUUGGAAGCCACCCAGUGCAGGACAUUUACCUCUGCCACAACACUAAGAAACUGGUGGUUCGACUGUCUGACAGCUGUGACAGGUCAGUUCUGACCAGUCUGAGAGUGGACCCCGUCGCUCUCCAGAGCAGCGACAGCAGAGGAAGGAUCAAAGGAGUCAUUGUCACCAUGAUAGGCUCUCCACAGGAGCAGCCUGGAUACGACUUCUACUCCAGGAACUUUGCCCCAUGGAACGGCAUUCCCGAGGAUCCCGUCACUGGUUCUGCCCACACUGUCCUUGGCAGCUACUGGUCUAAGAAGCUAGGAAAGAAGAAGCUGCUGGCUUACCAGUGCUCAAGUCGAGGUGGGGAGCUUGAACUGGAAGUGAGAGAUGAUGGAAGAAUCAAUAUAACUGGACAGGCAGUGACUGUGAUGCAGGGAACCAUCACACUGUGACCACAGACACCAGAUGACGGCGUUCCUGCAGAGAGACGCAUUUAGUGAAGUGAUUUAGUGCUUUUUGCUGUUUAAUAAAGACUUAAUGAUUCAAAUAAAUACAGUUCAGACUGGUCAGUCUAGUAAU